AAUAGAUCACACUCAGAUGACAGUAUUGGCAGCAGCACUAAGGACAGAAGGACAGGGGUAAAUCUGAAUGUAGCCUUUAGACUUUUUAUUUGGGAGGGGAAACUAGCAGAAAGUAUGUCAAUGGGUCAAAAAUAUGAAGAAAACAGCCCUAACAUAACAGUUUCCUAAAUUGAGAUUUCCUAGGCAAGACUGCCACCCAAGGGAGGGACAAAAGCAAAGACACACAGCAGAGAGGUAGCAGUAAAGCAAGAUGCACAAUAUAGUAAUUCAGUGCUUGGAGAGGUUACUCUACAAUCUGUGGUUUCUGAAGGACUUCGUGGACUUGAUUAUCGCGGCGGCCUUUUAUUUUUUCGAAGCCGUCGUCCGGCUGCUGGUCCAGCCGCCCAGGAAGGACGUGGAAGGGGAGAUCGUCCUGGUAACGGGAGCCGCCCACGGCGUCGGCAGGCGGAUAGCGGAGGAGAUGGGUCAGCUCGGCGCCACCUUGGUCCUCUGGGACGUCAACUGGGAGGCCCUGGAGAAGACGGCCAAGGAGCUGAGGAGGACUUUGGACGUGCGCGUCUACGCCUACGCUUGCGACUGCAGCAGACGCACGGAGGUCUACAAAGUCGCAGACCUGGUGAAGAGGGAGGUUGGGGACGUGUCCAUUCUUGUGAACAAUGCAGGUGUGGUAACAGGCAAGUACUUUUUCACAGAAGCCCCAGACAACCUGAUCGACAGAACGCUGAGGGUAAAUGUAGCUGCCCAUUUCUGGACCUACAAAGCUUUUCUCCCAGCCAUGGUGUCCCGUAACCAUGGCCACCUUGUGUCCGUGGCCUGCCAUGGAGGGCUUCUUGCCAUGAACGGUUUGGCAGAUUAUUGUGCGAGCAAGUUUGCAGCUGUCGGUUUUGCUGAAUCCAUUGCCUUGGAGCUUCUCGUCCUUAAAAGGGAGGGUGUCAAAACAACCAUUGUGUGCCCUUAUUUAAUAAAUACAACAAUGUUUGGAGGGUGCCAGACAAAAUGGCCUUCAUUUCUGCCAAUAAUAGACCAGACGGAUGCGGCAAAGAGGAUUGUGGAUGCCAUUCUGCGGGAGAAGAUGUACUUACUAUUGCCCUGCAGUUUGUACUUCCUGGUGGCCUUGAAAAGUUUCAUGCCAGCCAAAUUGGGGAUCAUCUUUGUGAACUUCUUCGGAGGGCUGGAUCUGAUGGACCAAUUCAGAGGAACUCCUGCGCCAUUCAUAACCUACAAAAGGCCACAGCGGCAGAGGGACAACAGUGUCACUGGGGAACCGCAAAAUGCUAUAAUAGAAUACAACUAGACUCUACGAGAAUAUGGAUACCACAUAACUUAUUUUUGUUAGAUUUUGUUUCCACCUCCUUAGUUAAUGGUCGCCAGGAGUACAUCUGAAUUGUAUUCUGGAGUACGCCUGAAUUUACAUUUCUUAGGUGUUUCCGAUGGCUCUCAAUAGAAACAAACACUGAGCAUGUGCAGUUAAGAGAGAUGUUCCGCCAUUUAUCUUGUAAAAUUAUGGAGACGCUAUAUCUUGCUUUUAGUAAAAUGUAUAUUGUGCUUUAUUGUAAAAUAAAUGAAAUGUAUCUUUGACGUAUA